UGUGUAUAUUUUAUAUUAUUCUUUUGCAAUAAAGUAAUUCAGGAUGAGUAACGACUUCGACAGCAAAUUAAUAAAUUUGAUUAAAGCUAAUCGAAUUUUAUAUACAAAGGAAUUGCGCAGCAAUCCUUAUGCAGGUGAAAGAAAGAAAUUGGAACUAUGGCGUCAUAUAGCAACGUCCCUGGGAUGUGAAACCAAGUACUGCAUAUUAAGAUGGAAAUAUCUGCAAGCAAAAAAUCAACCACAGAAACAAAAACUCGGUAAACAGACCGGUGUUAUAAGUUUUUUGCAAAAAUCCCAUAGAUACAAAGUAAGAAAGGAAAAUCAGUUCAAAAACAAUGAACGGCAAAUAUUUCCUAUGGAUGCCGAACAACAAGUAAUCGAAACAAUUUGUGACGAUGAUGAGCUUCAAGAAACUAUGGAUGAACAAUCUAUCAGUCAAUCGAAUUCUGCUCCUGUUAAUAAUAAUCAGCAUAAUGCUACUUUGAAACGAAUAGAAGCUUUGCUAGAAGGUCUUGGAAUAGAAAAUCGACAAAAAGCUGAAAAUCAUAUAAUUGCAUAUCUCUGUAAAUGCCAACUGAGAACCUUAAAUAACGAAGAAAUUGAUAAUAUAUAUAUGUAAUGACGAUUGUAAAGGCAUUAAGGAUUUUUUUUUUUCGAAAAAUAUCAAGCUUUCGUGAUUAAGGCUAACACCACUUGUUCAUAUAACGCGCACAAUAUGCAUGCAGUAAUAUAACGAUUUGUUUACUUCCUAUUUUAAUCGAAUGUAGCAAAAUUGUUAUUGAUUUUUUGAGUUUACUGCUGCGAGAAGUUUGAAGAAGUCGAUGGAUUGACUGACUGGCUAGCGAUGCAACGACAAAGCGAGAGAAAAAAACAGAGGCACGCACAACUCCUUUCUGAAGUGUUUUGUAUAUAUGCAUGUGUUGCUCACACUUUAAACGCGCCACAUAGAGUACCCAUUCAAAUCAAACGAACUUGCUCAACUACAUAAAAAGCGACAGCACAAGUACGAGACAUUAACACAAAUUUAUCGAUUGAUUU